ACCCAGCCUACUGACACCGUAUCCGUACAAAGCGAACCAUCUCACCCUGCUAACGUGAUUUACAUCGGCGUCAAUCAUACCUACUAUCCAAUCACUCCUACAAACACCCCCAAAAAUCCCCAAUGGCAACAAAAGCAGCACCCCAAACCUACCGCUUCCUCACCACAGCGCAGGUAAACCAGCUCCACCGCGUGGCCCUGCACCCGCGCAGCACCAAGCCCACCCAGCCCACAAUGCUGGCAUCCGCCGUCGCGUCGCCCGUCAACGUGCACCACUACGAGCGCGACAAGACCGUCUUCCAGCUAGCUGCCGUGCUGGCGGAGAAGCUGAUGUUGAACCAUGCGUUUCAGGACGGGAAUAAGCGCACGGCGCUGCUGGCGGCGGAUAUGUUUCUGCGGGUGAAUGGGGUGAGGUUGGGGUUAGGUGUGGAUAGGGAUGGGGAGGGGGUGUAUGGGUUGAGUAGGGCGCAGGUGGAUGUUACGACGAGGCGGUGGGGGGUGGAUGAUUUGGCGCGGUAUUAUGGGGGGAUUGCGAGGCCUGUUGGCGGGGAGAAGGAGGGGGAGGAGAAGGAGGAGUAGGAGGAGUUAGUAGAAGACACGUCGUGAAGUGUUGAGUGGAGUGGAGUGAAGUGGGCAUACAGAUGCUCUUUCGGUCGCGCGUGCUACAUAUCCUUGAGCUGCUCGAGGCAUGGUCCGAGUUCGCGGAUGGAGUCGCGGAGAUGGCGUGUGAAGGUCUCUGUACAAACUAUUAGCGAAUCUCUCGUAUAAAGCAUUCAUUCUCCCC